GACCCCCUUUUUGGUCCUCUUGAAUCAAUCCAAAAAUCCCCAUUAACGACGUUGCCCCACCUUCUCUACAUCAGCAAAAGGUGUGUGUUCUUGUGAGAUAAAAACGAAGAAGUGGGGAAGCUAAGAGAGUUCAAAGUUAAUGAAUUCGUGCCGUAUGAAAUGAUGGGAUAUUGCAGAAUUGUUGGUUAAAUUCGGGAUUUCUGUUUCAUCUCCUGCAUUGAAUUUAAGAAAAAUGUCGAAGCCACUUCAUCGAGGUUUUAUCGGAGGAGGCAGAUUUUCAGGAAACAUUCAAGAUUUGCAGGAAGAUACCCAAAUGAAAGAUAGAACAGAUAAACAAGAUUUCGAUAAGAAUCGGUUAUCUUCUGAUCAUGUAUCUUUAUCUCUACGAAAUCCAGUUGGGUUUCUAUUUUCUAGUGAUUUAUCAUCCAAACAAAAUGUUAAUGAGAAUAGAUUUCUAUUCUCUGAUCUAUCUUUUCAUGGAAAUGGUCAUAAGCUAGCUUUAGUUUUUCUUAAGUUCACUUUAGUUGUUAUAGUAUUCUUGGCUCUUACGGUGUCAUUUUGGUGGACGAUUUCCCUCACGAAUACGUCUAGAGGUCAUGUGUUACGUGGGUAUAGACGUCUUCAGGAACAACUUGUGUCGGAUUUAUGGGACAUUGGAGAGCUUUCACAUGGUGGUUCUAGUUUGAAAGAAUUGGAGUUCUGUUCUUUAGAGUUUGAAAAUUAUGUCCCUUGUUUCAAUAUUAGCGAAAAUCUUGAAUUGGGAAAAGGGUAUGAUCGUCAUUGUGGGGUUACGUCAAAACAGAAAUGUUUGGUUCUUGCUCCUGUUAAAUACAAGAUUCCUCAUAGAUGGCCUACGGGAAGAGACGUAAUCUGGAUUGAUAAUGUUAAAAUCAAGGCACAAGAGGUGCUUUCUUCGGGAAGUUUUACAAAGAGGAUGAUGAUGUUAGAUGAAGACCAAAUUUCGUUCAGUUUUGCCUCUUCGAUGGUUGAUGACAAUAUUGAAGACUAUUCGCAUCAGAUUGCAGAAAUGAUUGGUCUAAGAAAUGAAUCUUACCUUGUACAAGCCGGAGUCAGAACUAUAUUGGAUAUCGGUUGUGGUUAUGGUAGCUUAGGAGCCCAUCUCUUUCAGAAACAGCUUCUAACGAUGUGUGUUGCGAAUUAUGAGGCUUCAGGAAGCCAAGUUGAGAUAACUCUUGAACGAGGCCUUCCUGCAAUCGUUGGUUCUUUUGCUUUAAAACGACUUCCGUUCCCAUCACUUUCCUACGACAUGGUACACAGUGCAUGGGAUGGCAUUGAAUGGGAUCAGAAAGAUGGUAUGCAUCUAAUUGAGGUUGAUCGUGUUCUGAGGCCCGGGGGAUACUUUGUAUGGACCUCACCAUUUGCUAAAACACCAUCUGCUGCUCGAAAGAAAGAUAAUAUUAAAAGAUGGGAUUUUGUGCGUAAUUUUGUGAAAGAUCUCUGCUGGGAUUUGGUAUCUCAACAAGAUCAAACGGUUGUAUGGAAAAAGACGAGCAAGAAAACUUGUUAUGCUUCUAGGAAACAUGGUCCGGGUCCCUUGGUGUGCAAAGAGGGCCGUGAUAUUGAAUCCCCAUAUUACCAUCCACUCGAGGCAUGCAUUGGAGGAACACAUAGUCACCGGUGGAUUCCCAUUGAAGAAAGGACGAGAUGGCCUUCUAGAGCUACACCAAGCUCCAAAGAACUCAUGGUUCAUGGGGUACUUUUGGAAGAUCUUAAGGAAGAUGAUCUUAACUGGAAGUCAGCGGUCCGAAACUACUGGUCUCUACUCUCCCCUCUGAUAUACUCGGAUCAUCCAAAAAGACCCGGUGACGAAGAUCCCGUGCCACCUUAUAACAUGGUCCGAAAUGUCUUAGAUAUGAACGCGCAUUUUGGUGGUCUUAAUUUUGCGUUAUUGGAAGCCGGGAAAUCUGUAUGGGUCAUGAACGUGGUUCCUACAAGUGGCCCGAACUUCCUCCCUCUUAUUGUAGAUCGGGGAUUCAUCGGUGUGUUGCACGACUGGUGCGAACCAUUUCCGAGUUACCCUAGAACUUACGAUAUGGUGCAUGUGGAAGGUCUUCUAUCGCUUGAAAAUGCAAAUCAACGUCGUUGCAGCAUGCUGGAUCUUUUCUUGGAGAUCGAUAGAUUACUCCGUCCAGAGGGUUGGGUGAUAUUACGUGACACCGUCUCUCUUAUUGAAACCGCAAGAACCAUCACGGCUAGAUUAAAAUGGGAAGCACGAGUCGUAGAAAUCGAAAGCAAUAGCGAUGAGAAACUCCUCGUAUGCCAGAAACCGUUCCUAAAGAAGCAAACAAACUCGUUAUGAAUAAAAUCAAAGCUCAAGCUGCAUGAUCACUUUCAAGAUUUGUUUUCUUGAUCUUUAAACAUUUUUAUCGGGCGAAACAGAGCAAAGGGAUCUGAGUAUACGAAAGAACGCAAGUUUUGGCAGAAACGCCAAACGAAUUCCUAUGGAGCCGUAAGGUACACAUAGGGGAAAUGUAAUUAUACGCGUAAAGUAUAGGUGACAAAUUAUUACAAUUUCAUAGUUUACGUAUGUCACUUCCGCUACCAUUAUAAUUUAUACGACGAAAUAUGACUAGAUUUUGAUGA